GUGUUGAAGCGCUAGCCAAUAGGAGCACUAGUGUUGCAUAGUGAAGUCUUUAUGAUACAUAAUAAUAGCAGAGACCUAUGUGCCCUUGAUGCGGUUGUUGUUUCAAAAUGGUUUCACAUAAAACAAAACUUUUAUAGUAUUCAGUGUGUUUCACAGAUUGAGUUUGUCACGGGGACGAAGAAGGGCAACAACCCCUCGAACACAGCGGCCUCCACCAAUAGCAGCAACACCUCCACCACGUCUACAGAGGCCCAGAAGAGGAAGAGUAAAUGGGACUCAGCGAUCCCCGUGACUCUUUCCCAGCCCGCCGCCAUCACCACCAGCUCCUCGUUACCGGCCGUCGUCUCCGUCACCACCACCGCCAGCGGCACCAAGACCACCGUCAUCUCCGCCGUGGGAACCAUCCUGAAGAAGGCCAAGCAAUGAUCUCCACUACAAGAGGAACAGGAAGCUGCAACACCUGAGUGUAGGGCUGGGAGAUGUGAGGAAAACUCAGAUAUCGGGACGUUUUCGGACUUCUUCUAUCGAUAUUUGAGUCACACGAUGGAAAUGUAGAUAAAAGCUCAUCAGUAAUGUGGAUUUUUUUUACUCAAACCAUGAAAAAACACCUCUUACGAUAUCUUAAAUCCAUCUGUGUUAUCCAUUCUUGUAUCCAGAUGUCGAGAUAACAUCGGUGUGUUUCCCAGCCCUUCCCUGUGCUCAUUGUAAAUGUGAGAAAGAUCAGAAAGCGGACAAUAUGGACUCUCAAUGUACGUUUUUUUACAAACCAACCAACCAACCAACAAAUACCCUCACAUCUAAAGACUCUAUCUCCUGGAUUGUAUAUCUUCAUUUGAAAGUGAAAUUUGGAGAAAAUUCGGACUUUUGCAUCCUUCACUUCAUCUUUAGUUUUGUUCCAGUAUUUUCUCGCUUACGUAGCGGUUUUAUGUCAUUGUAGUCGAACAUGUGCAUCAUUUAUUCAGAUUGUUUCCCCCAUCAUUGGCAUGUUGACUGACCUGUUAGGCAACACUUUUUUUAGCUUGUACAUAUUUGAUAAGGUGAAUAAAUGGAUCAGUUGUUGCCUUUUCUGUUGGA